AUGACGGGUGAUGAUAACGAGAUUGCAAAGUUGGGGUGCCUCUUCAAAGGAGCAAUGCUACAUCUUGUAAAACCACUCACCAUGAAAACUAUAAGAAAUCUGUGGCAAUUUGCAGUUAUCAAAGGAAUUAUUACACAACCACCUCCCAACAAUAAUAAUCCUGUUCCUGUUCAACAACACAAGAAGAUGAUCCAAAUUAGAAAACAACAACCUCAUCAUCAUUCAAGGCCAAAGCUCAUUUGGACUCAACAAUUGCAUAAUACAUUCUUGCACACCAUUCAAGCAUUGGGACUUGACAAAGCACAUCCAAAGGAGAUACUUCAACAUAUGAAUGUCCCUGGACUAAGAAAACAAAACAUUUCAAGUCAUCUACAGAAGUUUCGUCUCUCAUUAAAACGAGAUGAAGAAGAUGCAAUUCAUCAAAACAAAAUUUAUAAAGAUGAGGAAUCAGUGAUUGAAUUUCGGAACCAAGAAGGGGCAACAAACUCAGCAUCCUCAAUUAUCACACUUGGAAAGGCAAUGCCCCAACCAUCAGCCAAUUACCACCAAAGCCAGUGGAAGUCUAAAUUGGUUUGA